AUGUAUUUGGAAACUAGAAGGGCAAUUUGUGUUUUCUGGAUUUUUCUCCAAGUUCAAGGGAUCAAAGAUAUCUCCAUGAAAAUCUAUCAUUCUGAAAUAAAAGACAUGGGCAAUGCCCCAAGGAUGGGAACAACAGAAGGCCCCACAGAAAUGUUCCCAGGGUCCACCCUGAGAAGGAUAUUCAAUUUGGCAAAGCAUCGAGCAAAAAGAUCCGUCUUUUCCCCAACUGGGGUUAAAGUCUGCCCACAAGAAUCCAUGAAACAAAUUCUCGCCAGUCUUCAGGCUUACUAUAGAUUGAGAGUAUGUCAGGAAGCAGUGUGGGAAGCGUAUCGGAUCUUUUGGGAUCGCAUUCCUGACACAGGGGAAUACCAAGACUGGGUCAGCAUCUGCCAGCAGGAAACCUUCUGCCCCUUUGAUAUUGGGAAAAAUUUCAGCAACUCCCCAGAACACCUGGCACUUCUUCAGCAGAGACUAAAACAGACAACCUUCCCUGAGAGAAAAGAUGAAAUAAUAACAGUGGAAACAUUGGAAAGUCCUGGUGAGAUCCCUGUACUUUCAACAGAUGAUGCCAGUGCCUCACCUGAGCCUCUCACUCCUGAUGGUGUAAUCCUCAACCAGAUUCUUAAUGAAACUCUCAAGGACACCAAAAUGCCUACAGAGGGAAGAGAAACUGAAUUUGAUAAUGUAUUUGGGGAUUCACUGGAGCAGAAAGUGGGGCUCAGCAUCACUCUGGCAAGUGAAAGGUUCAAGGGGGACCUCACGAAUUCCCAGUCCCCAUAUUACCAUCAGCUAGCAGCCAAGACUCAAUUACAGAUACAGAAGAUACUUAAGAAACUUCCAGGAUUCAAAGAAAUCCAUGUGUUGGGAUUUAGACCCAAGAGAGAAAGAGAUGGUCCAAACUUCAUAGAGGUACAACUUAUGACCAUCUUCAGGAUGGAAAAUCCAGAAACAAAGAGCCCUGCAGAUUACCUCCUGCCUUUGGAUUCCAACAAAAUUGAAAAUCAUGGAAUCAUGGAGAACAAACAACCAGGAAUUUCUCCCAUAACUACAGAACUCAAAAAGCUGAUCAGCAGAGCAUUCGAAGAAGACCAGUCCUUGGACAUGGGGACAAUUCAGUUCAUUGAUGACACCACGGGGUCAUUGACAGGCUCUGCUGCCAACAUGCAACCCGAGUUCUCGACGACCCUUGCGGGUCCCACAAAAGAUGCUGCUUUGAGUUCAGAACUUCCAUUUGAUCAAUCCAGGUAUGAGACAGUUGACAGAACCGAGCAUGACUUACGAGACAGUUCUUGGUCUCCACCUACUAUGACCGCAAGCUCCCGGUCAGAAAUUCAACAUCUCUUUGCUGGAUCGAGGAUCUUCCCUCUGACUGAGCAAGGUGUCACAGACAUAGUGGCCAUUGACUCAACGGCAUUUGUCCCGGGGAUAACCAUCCCCACUGAUGGUUACUCAGCUAGCAGCCAAUCUGCUGUGGGAAUUUCAUAUUCCCCGGGAGCUUCUGAAGACAGCAGGCUAAGUACAGACAACCAAGAUAUGAUCAGACACCUCGGAAUGGAUCUGACCAACAUUCCUGCCUCUUCUGAGGUGCCAACACAGAGCGGGUAUGUGCCUACCCCACAUCAUUUCUUGGAGAAUACCACUUUUGUCCCAGUACAGGAUAUCACCACUAGUGCCAGGACCACUGCUGCCAAGAGCCAAGCGCUGGUGGUGUUCUUCAGUCUGCAUGUUGCUAACAUGCCCUUUUCCAAUAAACUAUUCAACAAGAGUUCUCCGGAAUACCAAGCUCUGGAACAACGAUUCACACAGCUGCUGGUUCCAUAUCUACAAGCCAAUCUGACGGGAUUUAAGCAACUCAAAAUCCUCAACUUCAGAAAUGGGAGUGUGAUUGUGAAUAGCAAGAUCCAGUUUGCUCAGUCGGUGCCCUAUAACCUCACGAAGGCCGUGCGCUGGGUCCUGGAGGAUUUCCGUUCCACUGCAGCCCAACAACUGGACCUGGAAAUCGAUAGCUACUCUCUCACCAUUGAACCAGCUGACCAAGCAGAUCCCUGCAAAGCCCUGGCCUGCGGUAAAUUUGCCCAGUGUGUAAUGAAUGAGGGGACCAAGGAAGCAGAGUGUCGCUGCAGACCGGGGCAUGAGCAGCAGGAAGGUGUGGAUCACCUGGAUGCAGGCUUCUGUGGCCCCACAGAGGGAUGUGCGGACAUUCCUGGAGAGGGAGUCACAUGCAAGUCACCAGAUCACUCAAAAAGCCGAACUUCUGAAACACGUGUUAAAAAGUUUCCAUGUCAGCAAAAUAACAAGAAGAUCUAUACACAGCUUCCGUUGCACGAGGACUUUAUAAACUUCGUCCAAGGAUAA